AUGUCGUUCGAAGAAUCCGAAGCAGGAGAAAGCACUAGUUCAUUUAGUGAAGAGAGCUCCUUGCAUGAUGAUUUUGUCAAGAUGGAUCUGGAUUAUGAAGCUUCCGACGGAGAAUCUACUGAUGAGGAAGUCGAUUUCCAAGUCUGGAGCGCCGUAAAAUCGAAAUCUGAUGCAGAAUUCUUGGAAGAUUAUGGACUGGUUCAAGAAGUAACUUCGACAUCGGGAGAUAGUACAAUUCUUCCCAUCGAUUGCUAUCGCCAUUUCAUCACGGACGAAAUUGUUGAUCUUAUGGUUCGCGAAACUAAUCGAUACGCAGAGUAG